AUGGGAGAAGACAGCCAGAGCUUUCCAUUAGCCCACUACCAAGCUCACCACAAAACCGACGAAGAACAACAACUCGCUACCUUCAAAACUCUCCAUAAAGAACGAUCCAACAAAUGCUUCAUCUAUAUCUUCUCCACUUUCGUCUUCCUCAGCGUCGCUCUUCUAAUCUUCGCUCUCAUCGUCCUCCGCGUCAAUUCCCCUUCCAUCAACCUCUCUGCCGUUUCAAUCCCUAAAUUCUCCCUCUCUAACGCUAAUAAUUCCUCUUCUCCCAAUUCUCUCGAUCUCUCCUUCUCCGCUGUAUUCACCGUCGAUAAUUCCAACUUCGGUCCUUUCAAUUUCGACAACGGCACCGUUGGUCUUGUGUAUGGUGGAAUGAUUUUCGGGGAAAGGAGUACUGGCGGUGGGAGAGCCGAGGCUAAGGGGAGUAAGAGGAUGAAUGUUACUGUGGAAGGUUCGGCGAAGAAUGUCAGUGGUAGUAAUGGGAUUUUGAGUUUGAGUAGCUUUGUGAAAUUGAGAGGGAGAGUUCGUUUGAUUCAUGUGUUUAGACGGAGAGUUUCGUCGGAAAUUAGUUGUUCGAUGAAUUUGGAUUUGAAUACUCAUCAAAUUCAACAUAAUUGGGUUUGUGAGUAG